GAAAACCAGAGUUUGACGUUCUUAAAAUAGACGUGCAAAAAUAUCGCAAAACAGAACCAAAAUAAGAUGGAACGUCGAGGUUUUUAAUUAAUUUAUUAAAGCGAAAAGACUGUCAUCCGAUAAUUGUACCAAAUUUGUGAUGGCCAAGCAUAUUUUAAUUGGUGGCGGAACGGGAUUCAUUGGAUCAAAUUUAAAAAAAUUACUCACAUCUAAGGGAUACGAUGUGACGACAAUUUCUCGAAUGCCCGGGUUGAAGCGAAUGACAUGGCACGAACUGGAAAGUAAUGGAAUACCGGAAAAAACGUACGCCGUAGUCAAUCUUGCUGGACAAAAUGUUCUGGAUCCGAGCAGACGAUGGAGUCCCGGCUUCCGCCAAAAUGUUUGGAAUUCCCGGAUAAAUACAACCAAAAAUCUCGUGAAUGCAAUUGAAAAAGCGGCAACAAAACCGAAAGUGUUUGUCAGCGUUUCCGGCGUUAGUUUAUACGAACCGGGACCGAAGGUAUACACGGAAAAUGAUAAUGGAACAGAUUAUGAUUUCAUGUCGCGACUCUGUUUGAAAUGGGAAGAAGCGGCCAAUUUGAAAGCCGAAUCGGACACAAAAUUGGUGAAAGUACGUUGCGGUGUAGUACUAGGUCGCACAGGCGGUAUGAUCAAAUCGCUUUAUUUGCCGUUCAAAUUGGGAUUAGGCGGACCAGUACAGCCAGGAGACCAACCGUUGCCGUGGAUUCACAUAACGGAUAUUUGUAAUCUCAUCAAAUUUUGCAUAGAAGAGAAUCAAGCUAAGGGCGUGAUAAAUGGUGUUGCACCGCAAAUUGUUACGAAUCGUGAGUUUUCUAAGUGUUUUGCAUCGGCCCUAACUCGUCCAGCACUAUUUCCUAUGCCUGAAUUCGUGGUCAAAUUGAUAUUUGGUAUGGAAAGAGGAGUACUGCUGACAACUGGAGCUAAAAUUUCGUCACAAAAAUCGAUUGAUUUGGGAUUUAAAUUCACUUAUCCAACGGUAGAUGAGGCCUGUAGAGAAGUGGUAAAUGCAAAGAACAAGUAAGAAACUUGCAUGCGUCGGUCUGUGUAUACAUCUGAUUUUUGUUAGAAUUUCCCAAGCAAUAAAUUAUUACAAAACUUAGGAAACA